AAAUGUCAGGCCGGGGAAAGCAGGGCGGUAAGGUGCGGGCUAAGGCGAAGUCUCGCUCCUCGCGGGCUGGGCUGCAGUUCCCGGUGGGUCGAGUGCACCGGCUGCUUCGCAAAGGCAAUUACGCUGAGCGGGUAGGAGCAGGAGCUCCGGUCUAUAUGGCCGCGGUGCUGGAGUAUCUGACCGCUGAGAUUCUCGAGUUAGCCGGCAACGCUGCUCGGGACAAUAAGAAAACCAGGAUCAUCCCCCGUCACCUGCAGCUCGCCAUCCGUAACGACGAAGAACUCAAUAAGCUCCUAGGGAAAGUCACGAUCGCUCAAGGUGGUGUCCUGCCCAAUAUCCAGGCUGUGCUGCUGCCCAAGAAAACUGAGAGCCACAAGGCCAAGAGCAAGUAAAGCUGACUGAGAAAUAAACACUUCGAAUUUAAA